AUGGCAGUCGCAACAUUACUUCCCGAGUCCUCAUUGGAUUCGGUGAAGCAAGCCGUGCGCUCAACCUCAACAUGCUGUAAUGCCACAGUGUUGUCCCUCCAAUCUCUUUUUCGCGGUUCACUGAAACCGGUCCCCGACGUCGAGAGCGAAUCUAUGAAAAAAACGAGUCGGAUGAAGAAGGCUGUGCCUGCAUCCUCAGUACGGAGUAGAGCGACAACUAAAACAAAGGUCUCAGCCAAGGGUGCAACAACAAUUGCUGCGAUCGAACAUGAUGCAGCGCGAUUGUCCUGUCAGGAAAAGGUUUCACUGGCAACAGAGAUCUUUAAUACAACAUUGAAGACACUUGCAGAUGCAUCAAAGUCAUCAGAACAUCGUGUACCGACUACGCCUCUUCACCCAGCUUCACCGAAUCGCGUUGCAAAACCGGCGAGCAGAUCGAAGACACCACAACGUGCACAGCUGAGUGCAGCCAACAUUGAUGGCGGCCUGCUCGCAGUCGCUGAGUGCGCUAGUUUGGCACUUGCCUGCUUGAGGAAUAUGAAAGCUGAACAGAGCGGCCAGGGAAACGGGCCGCUUAAUGUGCAACUCGAACAAGGCGCAUGUGUCUUAGCAGGGAGAUAUUUAUCACUGGGACUGAAUGACUUGGCCUACAAAGAACUACGGGGCCUUAAGAGGAGGAUUCAACAAUACUUGGAUAGCCAGGACAUCGGCAAAGACGCCACUAUCGGACGGAAGGACCAGCGAAGCGCGGAGGAAGAAGCUAUCAAGGAACGCAUGUCCGAUCUCAUAUCCUUUGAGAACCUGUCUCACGCUCGAUCUUUGCACAGCUUGAUUAUUACCUUCCAAUCGAACGCCCUUCGACUCAUAGCUGCGGAGAAACGAGCCCCGACAGUGCAAAAAGUCAUGGCUUCCUUGCAGUUGACAAAUCCAAGCAGCCCAGCGAAUCUGAUCACUGCAGCGGUUGAUUCGCAGACGAUGACACGGGACAAGGCGGCAUUGCAGCUUCAAUUGCUAUCUAACACGAUAAUGUCUAUGUGCUCCGCAACACAGAAGCCAAACAGUAGCAACGUCUCCAAAGAAUCACUGAGACCGAUAACGUCCUUGACCCUUCAGCUAUUAUCGCUUGAGAUUCGGUGCAUGAGUUGGAAAUUGUCCGGUCAUGUCUGCGACGAUGUGAAAGAGAUGUGGGAGCCGCUGGCGCGUUAUUUGGCGGCUUUCGUCAACCAUUUCAAAGGUAUCGAGAAGGCUGAAUUCGCUUCAACAUACAAAACAAUCGUCCGACUGCAGGUAGCUGUCGCUGCCUCACAAAAGCGAUCUCCACCGAAUUUGAGAAGCAAUCUUUCGGUAGCCCGGAUAGCAACCAUCCUCGGACAACUUGCUCAAGAAGCAGGCUGUUUCGAGGAGGCAUCGACCCUUUUCACGGAGGCUCUCAAUCCUUUGGCGGCCGAAAAUCUGCUUUCAUCAGCCACUGUACGAUGCAAACUCGCGGCACUUCACUUGCAGGCUUCGAAAAGCUCGACCAAAAUGCGUCAACCGAGCUUGUCCAUUUCUCUCUCUGAAGUUACUGCAGCCCUUGGUACUCCUCUAAGGGGGAAUGAGAAUGACUUAGAUGAGCUGCUAGUCGAAGCAGCGAAGCUGAAGAAGAUCGCAAUGGGCUGGUUAGGGGAGAAGGUGGCCAAAGAACAUGAUGCUACUGACGAGGAAAGGGAGAUUUUCUCAAAGAUUUGCGCAUAUUUGAACGGAUUUGUGAGGUUCCUAAGACGAUAUCUUGGGAAGAAACCUCAUGCAGAUGAGGACCAAAAGGACUUCGAGGUAUUUCACAAGCGGCUCGAAACUUGUAGAAGCAUCGUGCUGGCUGCGGUAGAUUCAGCUCUCGCAAUUGGGAAAUUGUCCGUCAUGUCGCAGAGCCCUUCUUGGGAGUCUCUGCUUUCAACAUUUUCCGACUGCCAACGCCUCCUGGUGGCGAUCGAAUGCACAGCGGAAGGGAAGCAGGAGCGAUCAGACGGGAACGAGAGUGGCAUGGGAUUUGUGAAACUGUCCAAUCUGUUCUGGUCUCGGUAUAUCAAGGACAAGGAGUCCGGGAAAGGCUAUCGCGAGCUCAUGCAUGCUUUGAGACAAUCGAUCAACUUUCUCUCGAAUUGCUCGCCGGCUCAACGAAGAGCAGGAUUCGCAGCAUUAAAGUACGAAAGACUCGCUCAUUUAUACCUCGAAGCGAACAUGGGCGUUGAAUCUGCAGAAGCAUUCAGAGAUUCGCUCAACGAGCAUAUUAGUACAGGGGUCUUAGAGCAACUCCUAUCGAAUACCGUCAGGGUCCCUCCGCACCGGGCCUGUCAAGACCCGAAGAGCAACAGCUUUACUUUCAACCGCAUACUUUCUGCAUUUUUGAGGAUGAAUUUGCGUCGCCGGGAUUUGAUCCAUGUCAAGUUCUUCGAUUGCUAUACCGUUGAGUCCUUACAGAGGGGCCUUCUUCUGGAAUGGCAGCUCGGUAUUCUGAGCGAAUUACCAUCUCAGGCUCAUAAUGACGAGGGCUUCCGUUCGGCCUUUGAUACGCUACUUAAUGCAAUCUUGGAAGUAUACUCUCCUGAAUCGCGGCCAAUCCGUCGUCUACGGGUCAUCUUGAUGGGGUUGCGCUUCUCCUUGGAGCACUCAGGUUCACUAGAAUUGCCAACUAUCCAUCGACUUGUCGAGGAAAGCGUCAAAUGUCUCGACAACGCUUUAGAAGUUGGCAGUGAUACUGAUAUGGAACUCUACGCGACACACUUGAAGAAUUCAGUUUGUCUCACCCUAGGUCUUCAUGAGGGCGACCUACGCUCAGACAAAUUGAACCGGAUACUAUGCUCGUGGAGUGCAAUGAUGCUCAAAUGUCCAGACAAAGACACCCUUUUUUCGUGCGUUGACGAUGUGGACUAUUACCUUCUCCAGGUCAAAGCCAUUGUAGAUUACACGGAGAUUUACGGACUCUGGAAACUCCAGCUCAUCGCUCUUGAGCUGGUCCUACGCAUCACGGAGGUCCAAGGGUCGAGAGAUUUUUCUGAAGCCAUCAUCAUAUUGUCACGUUUGGUUUUGCAGUAUUGUCGCUUAGGACACUGCAAGAAGGCUGAAGCUCUUCUUGCGCGCGCGGAUCGAUAUCAGAACGAGAAUGGAGUCUCUUGCCUGGCAACUUUAUCAUACCGACUUGCUCAAGUGGAAUACCUACUCGAGACUGGAGAACCGGAGAAGGCAGCAGGCAUUCUUUCGACGUCAAGGCUUCUGUACGAAAAGAAUCACAAGAAGGAGGACCUGAUCAACGGCUCUAUUUUAUCCAAGAUAGCAUGGGAAAGAUUGGUGGCGGAUGCAGUUCUCAUGAGUUCGCGGCUUUCGUUCGCCCAAGGCUCUGUGACGCAGGCUCUUUUCUUUGCCAAGUUAUGCGUCAAAUUGAACUGCCGGGUCUGGGCGAAGGUCGAAAGGAUAUCCCAAAGGAAGCAGGAAAAAUCGCUGCCUGCAAGCCGCAGCUCCGAUCUUGAGAAUGUUGUUGAUGGAGUGGCAAGGCUCGAUGUUUCCCAGUCGGUCUCAACGACAAAUCAUACCGUCAGUUACUCUCAGGGAGCUCCGUUUUGGCCCCAUGUUGGCUCGCAUCAUACUGCUCUCUUGAAUCUUGCAUAUUUUUCUGCCCAUUAUGGGCUGUUUCAGGACGCUGUCUACUACGGGGAGCAAGCCCUCAAGAUCAACAGGACACUUAAUGCGAACGUCCGCUUGAUUGCCUCCCAAGCUCAGCUAGGCUCCUAUUGGAUCUUUGGUGGGCGUCUCUCUGAAGGCCAAGAGCUUCUAGCAGCUGCAGAACAACUGUCUAAAAAAUUGGAAAGCAGUGUUGAGCUCGCUUCGCUGCAGAUGAGCAUUGCCUCUCUGCACAGAUUGCAGGGCAACUACCACGACGAAUGGCAAGCUCUCCUAAGGGCGGACCGGAUAAUGGCCGACGUGAUAGCCCUGGAGACAGCCGAACCACUUCCUCUACAGUCGACAAUGUCUGAGCUGGAAGAUGGAAUGGACAAACUACGGAUUCGGGGGAGUACCAGGAGAACACAACCAACUACAACAACAGCCCGGAGAACUCGUGCGACUACUGUAUCCUCAAGGACAGCGCCGAAGCUGUCGACUGGCAAACCGGACGCAAAUGGAACAAUGUCGCAGUCUGUCUCGCACCUUAGAAGUGGCAUUCUCCAACAGCAGGCAGCAUGUUCGCGUGCGCUAAGAGAGUUUGAGAAAGCCUCGCGUCUGUUGACUGACGCGCGGAAGUUUGCUACAUCUCGAGACAGUCAAAUAGCGUUGCACCUGAAAGAAAGUGAACAUUACCUUGCUGAGGCCAUACGGCAAUUCGCGUCGCAUGCGGUCUACUGUGUUCUGCCAGAAUCGACAAUAUCCCUUCCUGCUUUACAAUCGCCGAGGAAGGUAACCAGCGAGACGACUUCUUCCACUAAACAGUCCACUACACGUAAGUCACGAGCACCUGCCAGAGGAACGCGGUCCAAACACGCGAAAGCAAGCGAAGAUUUCACCGAUAUUUUGUCCAAGGCUGGUGAUUGUCUGAACAACGUAUUUUCGGCUGCGACGGCUCUGGGAUCAACUUUGGACAGCCAUAUGGCGUCCCGGCUGAUGAGUCAUAUUUCAAUGUUGUCCCAUACGACUGCGCCUGGGAGUCCAAUGCCAUGGUCUCAACCGCCAGCGAAUGUGAAUGAAAUUGGCCGCAUCGGCGCCUUUACGCGCGAGCGAAUCGCUAUUGGUAUUGACAAGCAACUCUCGGACUUCACUGAUCCGCUUCUUUGGCCAGCUCAGUGCUCUACAGCAGAACCAGAGGCAGACUUAUGCAGCGCCUUUACUGAAGAAUAUAUAGAUAUUCUUCCCUCUAAGUGGAAUGUACUUUCCUUGUCCCUCAGCGCCGACUGUACGGAAUUCAUUAUCUCUCGGCUACGCAAGGAUCACUCGCCCUUCCUCCUUCGACUUCCUUUGAAGAGAGGAAAUGCCGAAGACGACGAGGAUCAGUUCACAUUCGAUGACGGAAGAGGAGAGAUGCAGGAAAUUAUCAAGCUGGCAAACGAAAGUGCGCAUGCAGCGAAGUUGCAGAAGGACCGACACUCCAAGAAGGAGUGGUGGAGAAACCGCGAGGCGCUGGACCAGCGCCUGCAGAACUUGCUGCAGAACAUUGAGAACGUCUGGUUUGGUGGUUUCCGGGGAAUCUUCUCACCGAUGGCUCACGAAGAGGCUGCCCUCUCGCGGUUCGCAACGUCGUUUCAGAAUAUCCUAGACAAGCACCUCCCUUCCAGACAAAAAGGCGGCCGUGCCGCAACUCCGAGGCUGUCAUUACAUCGCAAUGUCUUGGAGUUGUUCGUUGGCGUCCAGGACCUAGAAGGCCAGGAAGACCCUGAGGAGACAUUGAUGGAUCUUUUGUACUUUGUGGUCGACAUCUUGCAAUUUCAGGGGGAACGCAAUGCAUAUGACGAAAUCGACUUUGAUAUGAUGGUGGUCGAGACGCUUGAUGCUGUGCGAGGCUACCAUGAAGCGGCAAGCCGCUUACGAGAACGACAGCAACCGCAUCAUACUGUCUUGGUCCUAGAUAAGGCACUACACCUGUUCCCGUGGGAAUCACUUCCAUGUUUGCAAGGAUUGCCAGUAUCGCGUGUCCCAUCCUUGGAAUGUCUGCGUGAGCGGAUACUCCACUUUGAGAACAGCAAAGUAAAGGGCAGCGACUGCCGAUUUGCUAUUGACCGUGGAAGUGGUACAUAUAUUCUCAACCCUACAGGAGAUCUUCAGACAACACAAACCACUUUCGAGGCGGAUCUUGGCCGCUUGGAUUCUUGGACGGGGAUCGCCAAGCGAGAGCCGACCGAAGAGGAGUUCAAAGAUGGCUUGGAAUCCAAGAGCCUAUUUUUGUAUUUUGGCCAUGGGAGUGGCGCACAGUAUAUCCGUGGAAGGACCAUCAAACGUCUGGACCGAUGUGCAGUUACAUUCCUCAUGGGAUGUAGCAGUGGCACACUGACCGAAGCGGGCGAAUACGAGCCAUACGGGACCCCAAUGAAUUACUUGCAUGCAGGCUGUCCCGCCCUCGUCGCGACCCUGUGGGAUGUGACAGACAAAGAUAUUGAUCGCUUCGCCAAGUCUACGUUCGAGAAAUGGGGACUUAUCGGAGAACGGGAUACCAGGGACCAAAGAACGACGCUUCCGAGUAAGGGAAGGUCCCGAUCGGCUAAAACGAGCGGCACUGAAUCUUCGGACCCAGUGACGCUGGAUGAAGCAGUAUCCAAGUCACGAAGUGCCUGUGUGUUGAAGUACCUGAAUGGCGCGGCGCCCGUCAUCUACGGCAUUCCUUCGGUGUUUUUGGAAUAG